AUGGACUGUGCGAAAGCACCAUCUGGUGCUAGAAAGGUGAAGAAGAAGCAAGUGAAAGAUGAGUUGGAUCGUAUCAAACAAGCUGAGAAGAAAAAAAGGCGCUUAGAGAAAGCCUUGGCUGCUUCUGCAGCCAUCCGUUCAGAACUAGAACAGAAGAAACAGAAAAAGAAAGAAGAACAACAGAGGCUUGAUGACGAGGGUGCUGCAGUUGCUGAAGCAGUUGCACUGCAUGUGCUACAUGGUGAAGACUCGGACGAUCCAUGCAAAGUCAUGUUGAAGAAGGAUGAGGAGUUGAACCCUUGGGAUUGUGCUGGCAAUUUUGACCUCUUUAUGAGUGGUAGGAAAGCAACCCUCCCUCAUCAAGACCUCUCAAAAUAUUCUCUUGACAGAAUUGGAUGGGUUUCUGAUGCUCACGGAUCUGGAACCCAUUUGAAUAACUGGGGAAGCAGCUACUGGACUGUUUCAUCUAAUCCUUUUGGGAUGGAGUUUCAGACGCCACACUUCGAUGAGGGAGGUUGGGAUACUACAGAAAUCUCAGCAGAUCUUAUUGCAUCGCAGGCAGUUUCGUCACUGCAAAUAGCUGAAGAUGCACACGGGGACGCCUUUGUCUUCAACCGAAUGUUUAGAGGGUAAGAAACAAGUGUCGUUUGUCACGUUCAGUCACCUUAUGGUAUCUUAACAGUAGUCCACGGUUGUCACUUUCAGUCACGUUGUGGUGUCUUAGCUGUAGCCCGUGGUUCUCAAUAACGUUGUAUAUAUUUCCCGGUGAACAUGCCCUCUACUUGUUUAUCGGACAUCUUGCUUCUAUCAUUCCAAGCAUUCUUCCUUAUCUUGGUUUCGUGAUUUUGUCCCUUGUUAAAUGUGUCUGAAAGUUUUCUCUUAGUCCUUAAGAAGUGGUGUUCACAAAUUUGAGGCAUCAAUAGAAUAUAUUUCUAGAUUUUCGUAUGUAUGGUAAUUUCAGUGGUUAACGAAUGGAGAAUGUUAAUGCAGAGCAAAGGUCAUAUAAG